AGAGCGCGUGACGCGGCGGCUGCGCGCAACGAAAGAGGAAGUCGAGAGGAGAGGGAGGACGUUGGACAAACUUUACUUCUAGCUGAAUGCUAGAACUGCAAUUCAAUACUAUGAUAAUCCUGUUACAGACAACUGAUGAUUCGUCAUUUGUUGAAUAAAAGGUCUAGCAGCUGGCUUACAAAACACUAUUCCGUAUUUUGCCACCGCUUUCUUAUUUCGACCCGCUCUAGUUCAGACGAAGAGGAAGGCAGCAAUCCAGUGGUUUCGAAAUAGCGUUGCCUAAACCUGGCUCGACCAACGUGGUUCCCUUCACGUUCUUUAGCCGUGAACAACUUUUUGUUGUACUGGAAUAAACAGUAAAUUAUUACUGUACAUAGUAAGCGUGUUUGAAAAAUAACUUGGAGUCCUGUGUUAAAAAAGUUGUCCGUGGUGGUCCACGAGCCACAUUCGAGGCCUAGGUGAAGGCUGCGUGUGUGACCGUCGGCGUGCAUCGGCUUACCAUCAACACCGAUUAAACAUGUCGGCCCAGGCACAAAUGCGAGCGAUGCUUGACCAGCUCAUGGGGACGGGGAGAGACGGAGACUCCAUGCGGCAGAGAAUCAAAUUUUCAGAUGAGAGGGUCUGCAAGAGUCACCUUCUGGAUUCAUGUCCCCACGACAUUCUGUCAGGCACUAGGAUGGACCUGGGCGAGUGUGUGAAGGUCCAUGACCUGGCCCUUCGAGCUGACUUUGAGAUUGCGUCCAAGCAGCAGGAGUACUUCUUUGAGCUGGAUGCCGCCGAGCAUCUCCAGUCCUUCAUCGCCGACUGCGACCGCAGGACCGAGUUGGCCAAGAAGAGGCUGGCCGAGACCCAGGACGAGAUCAGCGCCGAAGUGGCUGCCAAGGCGGAGCGCGUCCACGAGCUGAACGAGGAGAUCGGGAAGCUGCUGGCCCGGGCGGAGCAGCUGGGUGGGGAGGGCAACGUGGACGAGGCCCAGCAGGUCCUGGAGAAGGUGGAGAAGACCCGCGCCCUGAAGAAAGAGGCUGAGGAUGUAUACAGAAACUCCAUGCCGGCCUCCAGCUUCCAGCAGCAGAAGUUGAGGGUGUGCGAGGUGUGCUCCGCCUACUUGGGUCUCCAUGACAACGAUCGCCGCUUGGCCGACCAUUUUGGGGGCAAACUUCACCUGGGUUUCAUUGAGAUUCGCGAAAAGCUUGACAGGCUGAGGAAAGCGGUGGUCGAGAAACAGGAGAGGAUGAGGAUGAGACGGCGGGAGGAGCGAGACCGCGAGGAGGAGAAGGAGCGAGAGGGCGAGCUGGAGCGGGAACGAGAGCGAGAGAGCGAGCGGGAGCGCGAGAGGGAACACCAGCGCGAGAGAGAGCGAGAAUGGGAGCAGGGCCGAAGGAGGUCAAGGUCUCGGAGUGGAGAGCGAUACAGGGACGGAGGCGGGUCGUCCUCACACCGCUCCCGACGCCACCGCUCCUCCCGCUCCAGAGAGGAGGGUGGUGAGAGGGGCAGUGAGCGGGAGAGGAAACACCGACACAAGGAGAGGCACCGCUCUCGCUCGCACUCCCACAGGAGCAAGAGGAAGAGGUCCUCAGUGGACGCAGCGCCCCAGCCCGAGGCGGAGCGCUCCCUGUCCCAGGAGCAGCGCUGGGACACGGAGGGAGGGGGAGCCAGCGUGAAGCAGGAGCAGCGGCCGGAGUACGGGGAGUGGGAGGAGAAGGGAGAGGACAGGUCGUACUCCCCGGACAUGGUCAGAGAGAAGGAGAAGGAGCGGGAGCGAUCGCUGUCCUACGAGAGGGACCACCGCUCCAGCUCCGAGGAGAGGGAGUCCGGAGAAAUAUGAGCGGCAGGAAAACCUUGGAAGUUGUUUGGAUGUAUUAUUUAGUUAAAUGCAGCAGGUAAUCUUUGGGGCUAUGUCGGUUAGUGAGUGAGUGGUUGAGUGAGUGUGUGUGUGUGUG